UUGCCAACCAUAUUAGUGGCCCCCUUUUUUAUAGUAGGAUGAUAAAAUCUGACAAGCAAACCAUUAAGUUUGUUCCUUAUCCAACACUUGCGAUAAAGCUUAUGUACGAUCACACAGUGAAAAAUUGCAAGCCGAUAUAAUUGAACAGUGCGCAUGCGCGGAGUCGGCAAUGAAAAUUACAGUAAAAGUUUAAUGAAUAGCUCUGCUGAUUUAGGAUUUGUUAAUCCAAGUGUUUCUUUUUUCCUUGUGAUGAUUUAAGCUGGAAUCAGUAUAGAUUCUAUAGCUCCAAUCUUGUACAAUAUUCAACAAGUGGCAAGCGUAUAAUGGUCUAUCCCGAAGAACCUUUUUGGGCGUUGCCAAUGGUAUCCGGAUUAUACGAAGAUAGAGAUUAUAGGGUUAAUGUAGUGGAAGCUUUGCAAGAGUUUUGGCAAAUGAAACAGACACGCGGCGUCGAGUUGAAAAAUGGAGCUCUUGUGAUUUACGAAUCGAUUCCGUCGAAUAGCCAGCCUUAUGUUUGCUUUGUAACAUUACCUGGCGGGAGUUGCUUUGGUAGUUUUCAGAAUUGCCCAACUAAAGCGGAAGCCAGACGAAGUUCAGCUAAAAUUGCCCUCAUGAACUCGGUAUUCAAUGAACAUCCAUCUCGUCGCAUAAGCGAUGAAUUUAUAGAAAAGGCGGUUCAGGAUGCACGCGCUUCUUUCAAGGGAACACCACAAAAUAAUGAACUACCAGAAUCGGGAAUUGGCGCGUUUAGAUUCAUGCUUGAAGCAAAUAAGGGGCGAACAAUGUUGGAAUUUCAAGAAUUAAUGACCGUCUUUCAACUACUACAUUGGAAUGGAUCCUUAAAAGCAAUGCGCGAGCGCCAGUGCUCCAGGCAGGAGGUGGUCGCACAUUAUUCAAACCGCAGUCUGGAUGAUGAGAUGCGUGCCCAAAUGGCACUCGACUGGAUAGCACGUGAGCAGGAGAACCCUGGCGUGCUUCGAAGAGAAUUGGUCUUGGCUGAACGCGAGCUAGAGACGGCACGCAUGGCAGGGCGAGAGCUACGUUUUCCGAAGGAGAAAAAGGACAUAUUAAUGAUAGCACAUAACCAACUGGGUGGCAGCAAUUUGGGUGCAGCAUCCAUUGAAAACUGAACAAGUGAAAGGAGCUAAUAAUAAAGGGGAUACAAUUAGGUAUAUAUGGAGAACAAUCCGUUCUUAGUCUUGGCAUCAUUAAAGCAUCAUAUCUCUAUAUAUAUACAUACAUUCAGCAAGUAAUCUUCGCAAAAAAACCCGCAUAACACAGACAACAGUUUAUUUUAUUGGCAAAACCACAUGAUCUCGAGUUCUGUUAAAUCCGUUAAAGCUCAUUUAAAAAUAAUUACCAGGAAAAUGUAAGAAUAAUUAUCAGUUACUGACAGCCCGACAAAUGAAUAUUAUGAAGAGAAAAAAAAAAUCAUAAAAGAUAAAAGAAACUCGUUUAAAAACUGACAAGUGCAAAAUAC